GAAAAGACCAGUUCUACCGUUCAAUUCCAAUCAAUUCCAAUCUGCAAUUCUUCCACUGCACAACUUCAAUAGAUUGAAAGUGUUUUCACGCACACACCUGCGACAUUAGACCUUGAUUUCUUUUCACCCUUGUCGCGAAAAAGAAAGCUGAAGAUCGAUACCUACCGUGGUAUUUGACGAGGCAGUUUAUCAAAUUCGCGCGAUGGCUCUUCAUGAAGAUAACCACAGAAAGGCUUGUCACUAUUCGAUCGAUCAAUUGCUUGCUUUGAAAAGUUCUCUUCCUGUCGUUGCUUGUGUAGUCAACAAUAUCAACAAGCACCCUGAUAUUGGUCAGUAUCUUCACCAUCUUCUUUAAUUCACCAUUUCGCAAUUACUAAACAAACUUUGUAGCUGCCAUAUUCACUCUUCCUGAGCAAGCAUUUCGAAAUCCCCAAACUUACUCUUGCUUAACUGCAGUUCUCUUGAAACAACAAAAGUACACACGCCCUGAAGGUACAACACGUCGUGGAGAAUCUUCUUCGUCCUCGUCUCAAUCCAUGCGCAGUCAAGGAAGCUGGUGCCUUCGUCAACAUACAAAUUUUGAUUCACGCCGCACCUUUGACAAUCAAAUUCAACCACAUUCUGCACCCACAAACGUGGCUUUACAUCAAGCUGAAAAUUUUAGAAGAUUUUACAGAGCCGUUGUUUCACCUACCCACGUACGAGUCACUGCUGGUGGUCGCAUAGUUCCAAACACCCGAGCAAUGGCACCUCCAUCAUUUGAGCCUACUAGUGACAAGCAUUUGGCGCAGUCUCCGAAGCAAAUCAAGGAUAGAGAAGAACUUGAACCCAGCCAGCAUGCUGGUAGCACUGCUGGUGAUUCUCAAGCAUCUCUUGUUUCCGUUGGCGCACAAGGUCCUCCUGGCUUUCAUCCUGUCUUUUCUAGUUCUUUUCUGCCACCUUACGGUUAUUUUCAACAAGGCGUUGCAAAUAUGCCUGGACCAGCUUUUGGUUACCCAGGUCACAACCAGCUUCCUCAUCAAGGAGCCAAUGGCAAUGACAGCCCAUCCAGCUCUUUGCAGCCAGUUAGAGUCUCUCAUCCUGGUCAGUUUGAUCCUACUCGUCCAUAUAUGAUGGUCAAUAACCAACUGUGCUUCCCUGCCUCGGGCUUUCCUCAACAUCCCAACGGAUUUCCUUCCGGUUUAGUAGGCAAUCCAGCAUUUGGUCCUCCUAUUCCAGGUGGACCUCCAGGACACCAUAUUCCACAUCCAAUCCACGGGCCCGUCCCAUUUUCAAUGCCACCUGGCAACUUUCCUGUCCCCAUGAUGCAACACCCAAGUGGCCAAUUGUUCCCAAUGAUGCCGCAUCAAGGUCAUGCCCAACAAGGCUCUAUGGCUUCAAUGCUGCCAUUCCAAUCCGCUUCCACUGAACAGAUCCUUCAACAACAUCGAGAUCAUCUCGUGAUGCUUGAAGAUCAUAUCUCUCGCCAAUCUUUGCAAUCAGUCCCUUACUGGGCGACUCAGCGCCAAGUUCUCACGGGGGAAAUUGCAAGAUUAACGAGUUUACUUCAGUCUGAGCGCAAUCAUCUACACAAUGUCAAGGUUGAACGGCCUACAUCUCAAACACCUAUCCAUGCUGGGAGGUCGCUAGAUUCUCAGUCCACCAGCAGUGAGUUUCGCAGUCCAGUGAUUGUGAGCUCUAACGCGAGUACCAUCUUGCCCAGCCAGGAGCCCUCGGUCGCUUAUGCAAACUCAUCAGCCCACACCACACGAAGUCUCGAUUCCCCAACUUUGCAGCGGACUACCACCGCUAAACCUGGACCUGGCUCUAGAUUGCCUGCUACAGCAGCAAUGGCACCGCCAUUCCAACCUCGUGGCUGCCGCUUAGAUCUCAGCGCUGCUGACUGGGAGGAGUUUGCUAGAGUAACGGAUCCCCGUCCUGAAGGUCGAACAUCACCUCCAGCAACACCGGAAAAUACAGCUCAAAGAUUGGCUCGGCUAAUGAGCAAUUGUCAGACUCGUUGGGAAGAUUCUGCUGCUGGUUCAAGUAUGAUCAGUAUGCCAAGAUCUCAAACAAUGCCUGUUCCUCAAUUACAAACACAUGCAGCCUCUAUGCCAGUAUUUCAAAGAGCUGACACUCAUCCUUCCUCUGUCGCGCAGAUGGCAUCAAGUUCUUAUGCCGGUGGUGUUGAUACAAACGGUACAAACUUCCAGCCAUAUGCCAGAGUACAUACUCAAAGCUUUGAUCCCGAGAGGUUCCUCGCCCAAAAAGAAUACUUCGGCAAUACAGCAAACAGUCUUUUAAAUCAUGGUCCUACUCGUCAAAAUCCGAGGUUUGAAGCAGGUAGACAGACGUUAACGCACACUUCACCCGUUAAUGGCAAUUAUAAUAAUCAAACCGCAUUCACCACCGAUGAUUACCUAAACAAAUGCCAAUCAAUGUUCCUUGAUGUAUCGACCGACUCAGCGGUGACAAAACAUGCGUCGCCAUCUCCUAGUCCAAUGCGGAACUCGGCUAGCCACAAUUCUCUAGAUUAUCGACCAAGAGUAGAUGAACCAAAACAACAUUUCAAUUUGACUACUCAAUCUCCUGCUAACAAUUCUGCUACAAUUGAUCAUAGAAACCUAUCGGGCAAUGGUGUCGAGAAGUAUCAUGAGAUUUCUGCCGAUGCUCAAGGACUCGAAAUCCUCGCCAACGUGUUCGCAAAGACUCCUGAAAAAUGCUUGGGCUCAGGCAAACAAUCUGCAGCACUCCAAGAACCUGAAACCGACAUUUUUGUAAAAUCCCACAGUUCUUCAGCUGAGCAAAACGCAAAUUCUGCUAGUAGUCGCUCCUUGACUCGCAGCGAUCUUGGUGCCAUCUUCGAAUUAGAGGAUCGAGCUGCAUCAAAUUCUCAAAAUGAGCUUGCGCAAGUUGCCAAAAGUUCCGUCGACCGUCAGCAUACAUCUGAGGAUUUGGCUGCUAUUUUUACUUCAAGGGAUGCAGAUGGAUCGAUACCAAAACAAGUCACAAAAUUUGCUAGUACUCCUUCAUUGACACGCAAAGACCUUGGCGACAUCUUUGCUUCUAAUGGACCAGACACGUCAGAUUAUUCUAUUGCGGCAGAACAAUCUUCAAUUCCUCUUGGCAUGCGUCCACAUGAGUCCAAGACCUCGAGCAAUAUCUCUGAGUUGAAUGAUUCACAUGCAUCGGCGUCCAAGCAUGUCUCGAAUCCUGUUGACACUACCUUAUUGACACAUGAGAAUGUCGGUGACGUUUUUGCUUCAAAUUCACCACAAGUACCACUGUCUUACGAGACGGGGAACCCUGCUAAUGCUCGACUUCAUACCUCUGCGCAUUUGGGUGAUAUAUUUGCGUCAGAUUCUCCAAUAAAAAACAAACAAUGUACCAUCUCGCCGACAUGUAUGGAUGGAGAUGAUUUCUAUGAUAAGAAAAGCAUUAAAUCUUGGACUCGACGUGCCGAGCAUCGAGUUUCAACAAGUACUCAGUCAGGCAAUGAGAAGGAGAAUUCGAUUGCCACUCCAUCAACUCAAGAUGGCUCUCCAAAAAGUAAAUCUAGCUUCAUGGAACGUAUCCGAACCACAAGCAGGUAUGUGAAACAUGUUUCCUAGGAGGUACAAUUCAUACUGAUCCAACUGUCUGUAGUGCCGUACAGAAGAAUCAAAUUUUGAAGAAUUUGCUAAACCUUCAACCCGCAGCUCAUUCACCUGUUGCUGCACCUGCUCACGUCUCUUCGGCUAAUGCUCAAGGCAUUGUCCCACUUCAGAACCGAGGCUCGGCAGCUGCAUCUCUAGCUCCUGCUAUGGUCAAUAUGGCAGCGAUCAGUAAAUCCUCAAUGGUCAACUCACCACUAGGAAUACCUAGUCCAAGCACACCAGAAAAUCGCUUACGUAUUCGUCUUAAUCAAUCUUCUCAACGUUCUCCAGAGCAUUUGGGAAAUGAGGACUACCUUAAUUGCUUGAAGGAAAUUGCUCGCCACGCAUCCAUCAAGCGACGUCAAUCUGAAUUAAAAUGAUGUGAUUUUGUCAUAUCUUGCAAUUCAAAGGCCUUGAGUCAGCACGGAGGUCCGGGAUCCCGUAUCUGCAAUUUCUGAAAUAGCCACCGUAUGUUCAUCCGCAUUGCAUGGUUACCCAGCACUUUCUCGUCAGGUAUUGGGGACUACAUUAUAUCAACACGCUCUUCUUGUAUUGAUGGCACGUCCGCAUUUGAUACUAAAUAGGGGAACUUGUAUAAGAGGAUUUAAACCCUCCUUAUACUAGUACCGACCUUAUCGUAUCUUUGCUCUUUUGCCGUUCACAUUACUGCCUUUUGUUUUAAUUAUUUAGCCACAGACAUACGCAAGUUUCUUUUUGUAGGAUUAUUUGGGCACAGAGCUUUACUUUGGUUGCGAAAUGAAAUAUAGCUUUCUUUCUCACACUUGAUACAAAUUUGGUGGAUGGUUUAUGAUUCAUACGGUGGAUAAGAAUGAAACGAAUGCGCGGAUAUUAUGAUCGUGCGAGGGUCUGUG